GUCUUCGACGCCAUUUCCUACUGCAAGGGUGGAUCCAUCGUCCGGAUGCUGAGUGGAGUGCUAGGUCCUGACAACUUUCGAAAAGGUUUAGGUCUUUACAUGAAGCGCUUCGCGUACCAGAACACUGCCUCAUCGGACUUGUGGAAAUGCUGGGAAGAGGUCUCGGG